AUGCAAGGCAUAGUGCAAUGGAAGACUCUUUUACGAACUUUCCUAAUUUCUUCAUCCCACCUUCAUCGGUUGCGUCUAGUAAAUUUCGUUCAAAGAUCGUAUAUAUGUAUUCACUCUAAUUUGUAUUUCCAGAGAAUUCAACAAUCAAACGAAUCUCGUAGGGCAAAGCUUGAAGAACUCAAAUUCUUCAAAUUGUUUGAGGACUCUGGUGGCAGUGCCUCAAGAUGCAGGCUUAGAUUCCAUAAUUUUGAUUUGCUGACUUUGAUUGGCCACCAUUGUCAUAAAUUUCAGAAGCUCACAGUGCGAUUGCCUUAUAUUGUAAAGAGGUAUCUUGGUAUUGUAUUCUUGAAAGUUAGUCACGACAUGAGUGAUGGACUAAUAGAUUGCUAUGGAAAGGGGAAUUGUUACUCGGUACCAACCACUUAUUUUAUGAAGUGGUACUAUGUGGGCACAUUAUUUGGAUUACUUACUGGUGUAGUUAAUUUCUGGUGCAAGAAGCUAAUGGAAGAUGAGUGAGUAUGCACUAUAUCCUUUAUUGCAGUUCUCUGACUUUGUUAGGUUCUAAAUUUCAUCGCUAGCCUUAAAAGUUCCACAACUGAAGCAAAAAUAAGGAGGAGAAUAUGCAUACUGGAAUUCAGUUUAUUGGACUUGAGAUGCUAUGUUUGAGAUUUUGGGACCUAAUUUAAGGAUUUAUUGGACAAGUUGUUUUGGCUAGUUCGAAUUGAUUACACAAUGGAGUUCCAGAAUCAAUCUACUGUAAAUUUAAUUUUUUAAUUUUGAAUUUAAUUGUUUUGGAGCACAGCAACCAAAUAAUUUUGUGGGAAUUGGCAAAAAUGUGUUUAGAAG